UUAUUUAGAACCAAAUCACAACAACAGUCAUUACAUUUAUAUUGUAAGAGAAAGAACCCCACCAGUCAGACCAGCCUCUAGCAGCUAAAACAGUAUGUACACACUCCAAGCUGUCUGAGUGUUAUACGUUAACUUGUCACCAUCAUAGGUGGGCCCUUUUCAUGUUUUCUGUCAGAAAUGAAAAUACAAAUCAGUGAGUUGAAUGACGGAGUCGGUCAUACACAUUAAAAGUCCCCAGCUGAUUUCUUUUAGUUGUGUCAUUCCUACGUGGGAAAAAACAAGUAUUGCAGUUUCCAUAGCAACAGAGAUAGUGCUGAAGAGUGGGUUGGUGUUGGGUGGCAGAGCGGCAGUGAGGUAGAGCAAGGAAUAAGACGAGGAAAAACAGAGUUUGAGACUGAAGCACUACCUGAGGUCAGAGUGAACUACGCAGAAGAAGAAAAGAAGAAAGUGUAAACGCCGAGAUGGACAAGGAGAGACAGGCUGUUGUCUUUAUUUCUCUGUAGUGUACACAUUCAUUCAUACGUCAGCCCUGCUUCCCAGGUGGAGGGGCAAACACGCCAGCUGCCUGACUAUCUCCUCCCAUCAUUCCCCCUCCCCCUCCAUCCAUCGCCUUCUACAGCCGGAUAAGGCAACUACAAAGCAGGCAGACUCGCCAUUACAGAACACAAGAUUUGAAGAGUGCAUCCUGGCAUUUGUAAUCAGAUGCAAGGGGGGAUUAUCUCGAGGUCUCCUCCAUUUUGUGCACAGCUGGGAGCUGCUGAGAAAAAAGAGGGAGAAGAAAAGGAUCGGAUGUGUGUGAAUGAAGUGGAGUUAGACAGAGACAGGGAAAGGGGUCACCUGUGGAUAUGAGGAGGAGGAGGGCUUUCUAAGGAACUGCAACCAUCACCCAACACACAAAAGGAAGAGGACAGAGUGUCAGCAGCAAGUAGAUCACUGUAAAGCUCUUCCCUUUAGGGGUCAACAUAGCAGGUCAUCUGCCUUCAUUUCACCCUAUCCUUACCAUUCUCCUCUGGCACACCAGCCCUUUGCAUCUCCUCCUUCACUACAUCCAUGGAUCUUUUUUGCGGUCUUCCUCAUUUCCUCCUGUUUGCAGCUCCAUCUUCAACUUUGUUCAGCAUAUCCACUGUCCUUCUAGUGCACAACUCCAUGGUCUUCCAUGGCAGAGGCAGGGCAUCCUAUGUCAGAGCUGCAUCCAAUGGGAGGAACUAUUCCACUGCAGCCUAUUUUUUCCAGCCAGUCCGUCUUUGAGACCACAGAGACACCUACACAAGUAACAUCACCCUCUGGACUGCCUCAACGACCAGGUUACAACUGCCAGGAGAAAUCCACCAGUGAAAUCUAUGAAGAACAAUGCCAUUCAACUCCUACUGCAACAGAAACUGCUAAACACCAACAAAGCCCAUCUGAACACUUACCGCUCAUCAUGGCUUCCAAUCACCCACUUCGUCCAGUUGUGACAGAAACACUUUCAGAUAAUUAUGAGAUAGUUGUGAAUACAAACACUGAUGAUCCUGAGACUACAGAGCAGAAUGUAAAGCUGGCCUCCCUCAUUGUUCACAGGAGUCACUCAGACACUUUGCCUUUGGCGAAAACUGAAAUCGCUUACCACAGCAGAGAUGCAAGCGUCCAAGAGGCUGAGACUCACUCCAUGCUAGCUUGCAAGCAGCCCAUGCAGCUACAUCAGUGCAACACUGUUACCACUAUUUGCAGUGGAGAAUGUAGCUUACAGCAUCCUCAGAGGAGAGGUCUCUGUAUCUCAUCUGAUGACGCAGAUAUCAAAGGGCAGUGUCAAGGAGAAGGCGGCCCUCUUUCCACUAAAUGUGACAAGCCACACUGUUGCAGCUCCUAUAUCCACCAUGCCAGUUUUGAGGAUACAUUUGCUGCCUACUGCCAUCCUCAGCCUAUUCCAGCCCCCUCGCAGAUGCUGCCACGUCUGGCAGGCUCCAGUAUCCAGCCUCCAGUACCACCUCCUUCAACAGGAAACCACCUUACACUGCCUCGCCUCUUCUCCUCUGUUAGUGAGACAGGGUUAGAUGCCAAACAUCUGCUGCACUGCUGCAAUCUGAGCUGCUCCUGGAUUAGUUCACUGCCGCCUGAUGCUGGCCCACAAUGCUCCCAAAAAAACUUAGGUAAAGAUGACUGGUGCAGUACGACAACUGGCCAAGAAAGAAUCACAACACGUGACAUGGGAACUAUGACAGCCCAAAAAGUUCUGAGAGAUAUCGGGGUGCAGACAAAUCAGACCACCGGUUCUCAUGUGUUCCCUCAGAUCUAUCUGGCAGAAGCUAACAAGAGUAAGAUGUCUUCUAGCCAGACUGACAGCGACAGAGACAAAAAAGCAGGUGGUGCGCCUAAGUCCCCAGUCAAGGAAGUGAAGUGGGAUGCAGAAGGGAUGACAUGGGAAGUGUAUGGGGCGUCCGUGGACCCUGAGGAGCUGGGUCUCGCCAUCCAGAAACACCUUGAGCUGCAGAUCAAGGAGACAGCAAACCGUGCGGCCAAGCUCUCACAGCAAAACCCCAACCCCUCCCGGGAAGUCAGGAAUGCUGGCUGUCACAGAAAGAGAAGGAUGAUGGGCUACCUCCAAUCUCCGGCUUGCUGCAGUUGCAGCUCUGCAGCUGUUGAUUAACUGAGCACCUGACAGAUGGACAGGACCUGAACACUGUGCUUAGUAGCCAGAAGGGCUGCUCAUAGCGUCAACCUCAAAUGUCUGGAUGAUACUGCAUUCUUAUAAGACAAACCUCUGUACCAAAUUGAAUGGAAAAACUUUUCAUAAAGUGAUCCUUAUUCAAAAAUUGUAAAGAUUAUGAAAGACUGAUAAUGAUUAAAGAUCACUAUGA